CUGGUGGGCGAGAGCCAGUGACGUCACGUCCCCGUUACGAGCUGAGCUCGAUCUUCCUCGCGCUGCAUUCGGAGCCACUCGUUUAAACAAGGGCAUUAAAACGCAUCUAAACCACGCGAGCCCGACAUCAUCAACAUCGGAUCAAAUAGGAAAACUAAAGAUGCUCCAAUCCCUCGCCGGUAAUUCGUGUGUGCGCUUGAUACAGAGCAACAAAUCGGCAUGGUAUUUUCUGUUUCUGGUGCUCGGCUAUAUUCUAUAUCUCAUAUUCGGUGCGGUGGUGUUCUCCUCUGUGGAGCUGCCGUAUGAAGACCUCCUGCGCCAGCAGCUCAGAGAGAUCAAAGGACAGUUCCUCAAGGACCACGAAUGCCUCUCCCAGGAGCGGCUGGAGAGGUUUCUAUCCAAAGCGUUGGAGGCCAGCAACUAUGGGGUGUCUAUUCUCAACAACGCAUCGGCCAGUUGGAACUGGGACUUCACGUCGUCUUUGUUUUUUGCAAGCACUGUCUUAUCAACCACAGGAUAUGGUCACACUGCUCCUCUCUCUGAUGGUGGGAAGGCUUUCUGCAUCAUUUACUCUGUGAUUGGCAUCCCUUUCACCCUCCUCUUCCUCACGGCUGUGGUGCAAAGGAUCAUGGUCUAUAGCACAUGGCGGCCCGUUAUGUACGUGCAUAUGCGCUGGGGUCUGUCUAAACCCCUGGUGGCCCUCGUACAUGCAACCAUGCUGGCUGUCGUGGCUGUGUCCUCUUUCUUCCUCAUCCCUGCGGCCAUCUUCUCUGGCCUAGAAGAGAACUGGAACUUUCUGGAAUCCUUCUACUUCUGCUUUAUCUCGCUCUCCACCAUCGGUCUGGGUGACUAUGUGCCUGGAGAGGCCUUCAACCAGAAGUUUCGUGAGCUCUACAAACUGGGCAUCACUGUGUAUCUCCUCCUCGGUCUGAUUGCCAUGCUGGUGGUGUUGGAGACCUUCUGUGAGCUGCAGCAGUUGAAGCAGCUGAGGAAGAUGUUUUAUCUGAAGAAGGAGAAGCCCCAGGAUCGCCUGGCCAUCAUGGAACAUGACCACCUGGCUUUUACCUCCAUGCCAGACGGUACCAUCAACUCGCCCCAGGAAGAUAAAACCGAGCCCUUUGUGGACUUCCCUGUCCUAACCUCUCCGGGAGGUGAUGACCCCAUGAUCAAAUAGAUGUUUUAGCUUCCAUCAACAUAACCUUCAAUCGAGGAAGACAUCUUUAGCCGAGGGUUCUCGCAAC